AAUAGUCGUUCGCUCUUACAACUUUAACAACGUUUCACUCUCUUGAAUUGCAGAUGAAUUGCCUUUGAUGCAUAAAAGAUGAGGGGACGACAAAUCUUGGCUGUAUGUCUGGCUGUGUUGGGCCUAUGCGGCACUAUUCUGGUGUGUGCAUUGCCUAUGUGGAAAGUGACAGCCUUCGUGGGAGCAAACAUUGUGACAGCACAGGUUUUCUGGGAAGGCUUGUGGAUGACCUGCGUCCUGCAGAGCACUGCUCACAUGCAGUGCAAAGCGUAUGACUCCAUCCUGGCUCUGACUCAAGAUGUCCAGGCAGCUCGAGCAUUGACCUGUGCCUCUAUUGCUGUCAGUGUGGUUGCCAUUGGACUGUUCGUUGUUGGAGCCGAUUGCACCAACUUUUACAGAGAAGAACGACUUAAAAAGACUAACACUGGAAUAGCGGCUGGUGCAGUCUUUAUAGUUGCAGGUGUAAUGUGCCUUAUUGCUGUCAGCUGGUCGGCGUAUGUUAUCAUCGUGGACUUCUAUAAUCCUCAAGCAAUAUCGGGGAGAAAAGGAGAGCUGGGAGCCUCCAUCUAUGUAGGAUGGGUGGCCGGUGUUCUGCUGAUUGUAGGCGGUGGGCUGCUCAUCAGCACAUACUCCAACUGAUGUUGACCAGAUGUGUUGGUUAAGGCUCAAGUGACUCAAGUGAAGUGACUGAUUGUGUCUGUAAUGUCAUGGCCUAAUCAAGGCAAAAUUUGAGGACUGUUUUAUGUUUUUAUGAGCUAUGUAAAUUGAUUGGUUAUGCCAACCUCUAGCAUAUGUAUGUUUGUUUGCAUUAUGUUCCAAAAACGGAACUGAGCAAGAACAUCUGACUGUUUGUGCAAAUGCAUUUAUAUAUUGUCUUAAAUGAUCUUCUUUUAAUUAGUGAUUUAGAAUAUGUUAAAUAACAUAGGAAGUCAAGGAAAGUUGAUUAUUAUAACAUAUUUCAUACAUUGGUACUUCAAAGUGCUUUAAAGAAAAUUUAAUAAUAUAAAUAAUAAAAUAGUAUGAUUAAAUAAAUAAUCUAAGGGGAAAAAAACAAUCAUGAAAAUAAAAUACAAAUCAUGAUUAAAAUAAAUUAGCUGAAAUGAAAAAAAAAAAAUAUACAUUAAAAGCACACAGAAGAACAACAACAGUACAGUGCAAUCAACACAUAAACAGUGUAUACAAAUAUUUCUUCUUUAUUUUGUCAAAAAUUUCUACUCAUUUGCAGGUUCAAAUGAAAAAUAAAAAAA